CUCAGGCUCCUCCCCUCCCGGCCCCGUAGCCCGUGAGUGGCUUGCUGCUUCUCCGCCCUCCGAGAUGGCGCUGGACCCCGCAGCAUCUCAGACAUGUUGAGAAAGAUGUUCUGAUCCCAAAGAUAAUGAGAGAAAAGGCCAGGGAGAGGUGCUCUGAACAAGUUGAAGACUUUACCAGAUGUUGCAAGGACUCUGGGAUCCUUAUGGUAUUAAAAUGCCGGAAAGAGAAUUCUGCAUUGAAAGACUGUCUAACUGCUUACUAUAAUGAUCCAGCCUUCUAUGAAGAAUGCAAACUGGAGUAUCUCAAGGAAAGGGAAGAAUUCAGAAGAACUGGAGUUCCUACCAAGAAAAGGCUUCAGAGGGUUCCCACAAGCAUGUAGGGAGCCAUUUAUAAUGGCACCAGAAAUGAUGGACUGAAGCAUUGUCUACUUACCCCAAUCAUGAAAUACUGAUUUUUUUUAAUGAAAUAAAGAUAUUUAUUUCAGAGUUCUGGUUUAUUAAAGAUGGGAUAAGGGGAAAAAAUAAAUAAAUAGUUUUCCUGGCCUUACCCCAAGUUGUACAA